GCAACAAUAAGUGUCUCACUUGUAAUGGAAGGAAGACAGGGGGAGGUUGAGUCUCUGGGAGGAAAACAGAUCCUAUCUGAGGAGCAGGCGUGAGCUCUCGGUUCAGGACCAUUACUUCACAAAAGGUGGAAAAAUCUUUUGCUGCAGAUGAAUGAAGUUACAACAGGAAAGCUUUGGCUGUUUGUUGCCGCUGCUUGAUUGGACUCUUGGGGACUGUUAAAGACCUCAUCGCAGCUGGAACAUUUUCCUUAUGGAGGAUUGAUUCUGACAGCUGCAGGUGAAGGAAAUGAAUGCACUGACAGAAUAACGGACAAACACAGAGGAAAUGUGGACUGACUGGUGAGGACUUGGAGUCAAACUUGCCAGAAAGUCAAGGGAUAUAAGGAAACAGAGAGUGAAAUCCUCUUGGUUCGGGUGCAGCAGGACUGUGCUAUGUUUCUCCCUGUGGUGGUUUUGCUGGUGCUCUUGUUGCUCUCUGGACCAAGGUCCUCUCUCCAGGGAGACACUCAGGAAAUCGGGAACAGUGAUGACAUACUUGAAAGAGAGUUUAUCUAUGCACCAAACCGGCAAAAACGUGCUGUGGUCGACCACAGUGCUGUCCAAACAGACAAAUGUUCCUAUACCUUUAUUGUCCCCCAGCAGAAAAACAACGGGGCAAUCUGUGUGAACUCCAAGGAGCCUGAUGCCCUGCUGGAAAAUCGGGUCAAUAAGCAGGAGCUGGAGCUGCUCAACAGUGAGCUGCAGAAGCAGCGACGGCAGAUCGAAGCACUGCAGCAGUUGGUAGAAGUGGAUGGUGGUGUGGUCAAUGAAGUCAAGCUACUGCGCAAAGAGAGCCGCAACAUGAACUCCAGAGUGACACAGCUCUACAUGCAGCUACUGCAUGAGAUUAUUCGCAAACGAGACAACGCUCUAGAAGUGUCGCAGCUGGAGACCCGCGUGCUCAACCACACAAACGAGAUGGGGAGGCUCGCUGGACGCUACCGCGACCUGGAACAUAAGUACCAGCAUCUGUCAGCCCUCGCAAGCAACCAGAGCGCUCUCCUGGUGCAGCUGGAGGAGCACUGCAAGCGGGGAGGAUACUCGUUCGGUGUGGUGCAGGAGAGGAGCCGUCCUGUCCGUCCACAACCUCCUGUGAUCCCCCAGCCCACUCUGCAGAGGCCUGCACUGUCUCCUGGAGGCUACAGACCCUACCAUCCACCCACCUACACCCGCCACACCAACAACCCCAUGACCAACGAGAUACAGAAUGACCAGAAUGCCAAAGCAUUACCACCUCCACUGCCCACAAUGCCAAGUGCCACAUACAGCUUCACAAAUGAGCCCUCUGGUCCUUUUAAAGACUGUCUAGGGGCUCUGGAGGGUGGAUACACCACCAGUGGCAUGUACCUUCUGAAACCAGACAAUGGCAACCGACUCAUGCAGGUUUGGUGUGACCAGAGACACGACCCCGGUGGAUGGACUGUCAUACAGAGACGUCAGGACGGCUCCGUCAACUUCUUCCGGAACUGGGAGACGUACAAGCAAGGGUUUGGAAACAUUGAUGGUGAAUACUGGUUAGGACUAGAGAACAUCUACUGGCUGACCAACCAGGGCAACUACAAGCUGCUGGUGACCCUGGAAGACUGGACCGGACGCAAGAUCUUCGCAGAGUAUGCUAGCUUUCGUGUCGAAUCUGAGGCCGACUUCUACAGGCUUCGGGUGGGGCGAUACAAUGGCAACGCCGGAGACUCUCUUACCUGGCACAACAGCAAGCAGUUUACCACACUGGACAGAGACCAUGAUGUCUACACGGGUAACUGUGCACACUACCAGAAGGGAGGAUGGUGGUACAACGCCUGUGCUCAUUCCAACCUGAACGGUGUGUGGUACCGUGGUGGGCAUUACCGCAGCCGUUACCAGGACGGCGUCUACUGGGCCGAGUUCAGAGGAGGUGCUUAUUCUCUGAAGAAAGUGACCAUGAUGAUAAGACCCAGUGCAAACACCUUCCAUUAACACCUCAGUCAUUCAAAACUGAUUUUAGUAAACGAACAUUUCCACCAAAGGGAUUACAUUUAUCAGAAAAACAGGCAUCCUUGAUUUGAACUUUGUUUGUGGCUUUACUGUAUAUUCAUAAUGUAGCUUCAAAUGGAAAGCCUCACGAUAGAAUCCAAGCAGAAUCUUUUAAUUUUAUUCAUCCUACAGGUUUAGGUUUUACUUAUCUUGUUUGGGCUCAUAAAGUUGCAUUGCACACAAAUCAAUAAAAGCACACACAAACUUACAUUAAGAGUCUGAAAUAUCUUAUCUGUGUGGGCUUCUGUUGAUUUUGUUGUCAUCAGAAACCUAAAUGAAUGCAACACAAUACAGAAUACAUUUAUAAUAUGAUUUCUUUGUUAUGUAGAGAAUAAUUAAUUAUUCAUUAAUUAAUUAUGUAUUAAAGCAGAAUAGUAACAAAGGAAUUAAGGUAUCCUGAGAUCAAAACUGACUGCUAGCAACAAACUGGUACUUUAGACUAUUAUUGGUGCAUAUAUUACAUAUAUUAUGUAUGUACAACAUAUAUUGGGAUAAAUUCUACAGGAGAGAAAUCUGGUUAUUUAUUUUGAUACAAUUUUCUAGAAGGUUUCAGUAAAUCAUUUUCCAGGGUAAUUUACUUUGUAAGUAUUUUGCUUCAUAAUUUCAUCUUUGAAUUUUGACAAUAGCACAUAAAACAACGGAUUGAAGUAAUCUAGUCACUUAGACUGUCAACAAAGUAGUUUAACAGGUCAUCUUUUCUUGAAUCUAAACAGGACUGGACUAUACAGCUACAUGCAUCACUGAAAACAUUGCAUAAUUCUUGAACUGAACUGCAUAUGUAGAUUGUAAAGAUUCUAUAAUGCUUGAUAAGUCUGAUAAAUCUAUAGUGAGACAAGUGAGAUAUGAAGUUGCAAGAAAAACUCUUUGUUUCUACUAAUGGUGCACAAACAGCUUGUUCAGGUUGAUCUCCCAGCACUUCAUCCACAUCAUCCGUUGAUGGGACCACUGUUAAAUUAUCUUGAAUUUGAACUUCUGAAGAAUGAUUUUAACAUUUUGGUACUGAAAAUUCUGAUACUUAUAUUUUAUACCACAACUCACCUCACUUUAACCAUGUUAUGUUCAGAAAGGUAUCUAAACUACGCACAAAAAGUAAGGAAAUUUGUGUUUGGUAGACUAUUUCUUUGUUGUAACAAUGCUUCUUAUACCAUCUUAAAAAAAAAUCUUAUACCAUUGGAAAACCUGUUUGGUUCCAUUUUAAAUGGUGCCACAUUAGUAAGGAACAUGCAUUUGUGGGAUGAGCAGCAGAGCUGAGUAUGUGGGUUGCACCCAUGAAACAUUUGCCAAUGCCAAACAGCUUUUCUUUUAUGUUGACUCUUGUUUGGUGUUGAUUGGAUGAUUGAAGUUUGAAGAAACAAGACAUAUUGGCAAUUUAACAAUUUAUUCAUUUCACAAACAGGAGCCUCAGUAGCAUGUGGAAGAACCAUACACAGCCUGGCACCAUCUCCUCAUGCUGGUCACACACUGCUGUGGGAUGGCAUCCCAUUCUUCAACCAGCAUUUGUCGCAAGUCAGCCAACGUGGUUGUGUUGGUCACUCUGGCACGAACAGCACGCCCAAGCUGAUCCCACAAGUGUUCAAUGGGGUUGAGGUCAGGACUGCUGGCACUCCCAAAUUCUGGAUGUAGUCUCUGAUAAACCCCGCCCUGUGGGGGCGAGCGUUGCUUGGAGGAUAGAGUUUGGCCCCAGACUGUGAAGAUAUGGGAUUGCCACUGCCACUGGUUGCAGAAUUUCAUCUCUAUAUCUCUCUGCAUUGAGAUUGCCUCCAAUGAUGACAAGCCUCGUUUAUUGGUACCAGAAGCUCAAAUUAAAUGUCUAUAGCAACAGCAAAGAAGAGCUGUUUGGCAUUGGCAGAGAAUAUUUGGCAAAUCUUUCAUGGGUGCAACCCACAUACUGAGCUUACUGAUCCUUACAAAUGUGGCAUUUUGAUAGGGAAAUAAACAGGCUUCCCAAUGGUAUAAGAUGUAUUGCCAAGAAGCACUGUUACAAUAAAGAAAUAAUCUACCAAACACAAAUUUUCUUACUUUUUGUGCGUAAUUUGUUUCAAACAGGUAACAAGAUCCAACAUCUAAUAUGGACAUAGCAAAUUAGAUCUAAGCCUUUAAAUGUAGACAGAAUUUACACUGAACAAAUACGAUUUUGUUGUAGGUAAAAGCAGCUCAGUACACUCAGUAAACAGAAACCAAAAGGUACAACUCAGUUAUUCCCUCUACCCACCAAAGGUCUCCUGGUCUGUUGAAAAGAUCAGUCACUGUAUUGGUGUGCAGAUACAGUAUGUACCAGGUACUCUGUGUAUAUAUAUGCUGUUUUAGAAAGAUUAUUUUUAUAGUCUGUAUGUUAUCGGUCUUUCAAUAAACUAUGUACAGCCCUG